CAUCCCCCCCCCCCGCCUUCAACAGACAGCUCCCUCUUUCUCCCCCCACCCCGUCCUUUGCGCGGCACGCGGGGCCUUCACGCGCUCCCCUCAGCGGCCGCGAGAGCGAAGAGGAGGAGAAGGAGGAGCGCGCGCUGCCUCCGCCGCCGCCAUUAUUCCCUCUCGCUUUCCGCUCCAGCCAGCGCCAUGAGCGGCGGCGCCUCUUGACGGCGGCGCAACUGGGCCCGCCCCUUCCCUUCCUUUCCCUUCAUCCCGAGGAUGCUGAAGAUGAAGCUGCCGGGGAACCCUAAGGAAGAGGGGGAGGGAGAGGAGGCAGCGGCGGCGGCGGCGGUUGGAGGCGACGGAGGAGGAGGAGGAGGCCUGAGGUGCCUGUGUGGCUGUCCCGGCAGGGAGGGCCGCGAGGCUGUCUACGAGUGGUUCGGCCUCUCGCUGGGCCUGGCGCAGCGGCUGGAGUUCGCCGUGGGGCUGCUGGACCUGCUCAACCCGCUGGAGCUGCGCUUCCUAGGCUCCUGCCUCGAGGAGCUGGCCCGCAAGGACUACCACUGCCUGAGGGACUCCGAGGCCAAGGCCAACGGGGCGGAGGCGGCGGGCAGCGCGGGGACCGGCCCGGCGCAGCCGCCACAGCCUUCCUCUCCGCCCGCCGCUUCCUCCCCGCCGCCGCCUCCCCCUCCCCCGCCGCCCCCUCCUCCUCCCGGCGGCAGCGACUUCCGCGACCCCGCCACGCGCUCCCGCCUCAUCGUCUACUUGGCGCUGCUGGGCUCCGAGAACCGCGAGGCGGCGGGGCGCCUCCACCGGCUCCUCCCGCCAGUGGACGCCAUCCUCCGCAGCUGCCGCCGCCCCACGCCAUUGGGGCCUCUGCCGGCCCAGGAUGAAGCCGAGGGCCAGGAGGAGGAGGAAGGGGCCGGGGCGAGGCCUGGGCCCGCGCAAGAGAGCCUGGGCCCGGCGGCCUGCGAGGAGCUGCUCCUGCUCUUCACCAUGGCUUCCCUCCACCCCGCCUUUUCCUUCCACCAGAGAGUCACCCUCAGGGAACACUUGGAGCGGCUCAGGAGGGCCCUCUGCCGGGAUGACGCCGAGGGGCGGGACGACGGAUUCGCCUGCCACGCCGGGAGCCCGAAUGUUCCUCAUAACUGUAUGCCAAGUAAUGAAAGCAGUUUACUUGAACAAAGGGUAGCUCUUCAUGAUAAACCUAUGGUGACCUCCCACAGACCACAGCAAGAAGCUGUACAUAUUCAAAAGAUAAUGCUGAAAGGAGGACCACGGAAAAGAUCCGACAAACAUCUAGAGUAUACUUUUAAAGUAAUCUGGUCUGAUCAUUCCACAUCUUGUGUAACUAAAACACACCAGGAACUACAGGAAUUUUUACUAAAACUUCCAAGGGAUCUUUCUUCUGAAGCAUUUGACAAGACUAUUUUGGGAGCUUUACAUCAAGGGUUACACAAACAAGAAGAAAGACGGUACCCAGACUUAGAACCUAUGAUAAGGCAGCUGUUUUCAACUACUUCCCAAGCUUUUCUCCAGAAUCAGAAAGUAAACAAUUUCUUCCAGUCGCUAUCCUCGGAAUCAUUGCAUGCACAAAAUAACUUCCAAUCUUCUCUAAAGACAUCCAAGAUACCAGAACAUUUCAAAGAGGACAGCUCAGAAGCUUCAAGUCAGGAAGAAGAAAUUAUACAGCAUACAGCAGUUCACAAGAAACAUAAUGGAAAAUGUCCUGUUGCCAACACGGUUAAUACAAAAUGCUCUUCGCUGGAUGGCUUUGGCAUAACACACUCUGAACACAAUGGUGUGCCAGACUGGAGAAGAAAAGGUUGUGUAUUUCAACAGCAUCCGGAACAUUGCACAAUGCUUGAUCAGAAUACAGGAGAUAAGAGGAAUUUGCCUGUGAUAAGCAAGAAGAAAGGAAAGCUUCAGCCAGAAAAAGAUAAAGGGAAGAGAAAUGAUAACAGAUUAGCUAUCAGAAGUAACUGUGUAAGAGUUGCAGAUACUUAUGAUCUCCACCCAGGAAUAGCAAAAGAUUCAAAUUUAGAUGUUACUGUUGGACAUGACACAUGUGGAGAAACCUCUUCAGAAAGUUACAGUUCUCCUUCUAGUCCACGACAUGAUGGAAGGGAAAGCUUUGAAAGUGAAGAAGAGAAAGACAGAGAUACCGAUAGCAAUUCUGAAGAUUCUGGGAACCCAAACAUGAUGAGGUUUACUGGGUACAGUUCUGCAGAUCUUACUAAGUCGCCAGCACAGGUUUCAGUGAGAUCAGACAAUCCGAAUAUUGUUGAGGAUCCUUUGAAUCCACAGUUCCAACACAUUUCCUUCAUGCCUGCCCUGCAUUGUAUGGUGCUUAAUGGUGCACAGAAGCAGGAAACAGUUGUUUCACCACCGAUACCCACGGAUGGAAAAGCGUUAGGGAUGGUGGUUACAAAUUCAACUCCUGUUGGAAUGGGCUCAGUGGGUGAAUCCGAGAAACACAUAGAACUGCUGUCCUCCCCUUUGCCAGCCACCUUCCUCCCACCUGCAGUCCAGCCUGGCAGCCCAGCAUUGCACGUUGCAGUGCACAGAAUGAAAAUGCCUGCAGCGCAGGUAUCCUCUGAAAGUUGUGCAGUUAGUGGAGCACCACCACAACAAACAGGAAACUUAAGCAUCGGAUCACCCACCACUGCCUUUAUCCCAGUCCACAACCCAGGUAACUUUCCGGGAUCCACGGUUCCUACCACGGAUCCAGUCUCAAAACCUGCCUCCCAUGUGCUGGGCUUAAAUCAAAUGGUGCCUCAUGUUGAGGGAAGCGCAGGAGUGAUUCCUCAGUCUCCCAGUCUAAAAGUAGUAGUUUCUGCAGCUGGCCUCUCCACAGCACUCCCACCAGCUCCUUUUCCUGUGCCAGUGACUCUUCAUGCUACCAGUGUAUUGCCCAAUCAGAGUUCCACUGUGCUGAACACUGUGGCAUCAACACCACCACCUCCUCCAUCCUCUGGCCUCUGUGUUAGUCAGGUCCAACCUACUGUUCCUCCUGCAAUACCGACCCACACGCCAGGCCCUGCUCCUAGUCCCAGUCCUGCUUUGACACACAGCACUGCACAAAGCGAUAGCACCUCUUACAUUAGUGCUGCUGGGAAUACUAAUGCAAACGGGACACUAUUGUCUCCACAGCAGUUGGGGUCUGGGCCUUGUGGGUCUUGCGGUCGCAGAUGCAGCUGUGGGACCAAUGGAAGUCUUCCGAUUAACAGUUACUUUUAUCACAAUCCACUUCCUGGACAAGUCUACCGAGUUCCACCUUUCUUUACUCUGCCAUCGCUUUGCAAUGGUAGCUACCUCAACCAAGCGCAUCAGACUAAUGGAACGCAGAUUCCGUUUUACUUGCACCGGAGCCCCUACCCAAAUGGGCUGAUGCAUGACCCAGUCAUGGGGAGCCAAACCAACUAUGGUAUGCAGCAAAUGGCAGGAUAUGGGAGGUUCUAUCCUGUGUAUCCAGCUCAAAAUGUAGUUGCCAAUACUAAUGCAUCAUGUCCCAAGAAGAAUGGGAAUGUGUCCUGUUAUAAUUGUGGUGUUAGUGGGCACUAUGCACAGGACUGUAAGCAGUCAUCCAUGGAAGCCAGUCAACAAGGCACUUACAGAUUGAGAUAUGCACCUCCCCCACCCCCUUCUAAUGAUACGUUGGAUUCUGCUGACUGAAACCAAGUAAACAUUGCCUGCAUACCAAAAUGAAGGUUGGGAGAUCGGGGGAAUUCUUUGGAUUUGAGAGAUUCCUUGCGUGUGUUUAUGUUCUGUUGCAUUUUUUCAUUGCUCAUGAACACCUGUUCUGAUACAAACGAAGAAAGCUGUUUUUCUCCUGGUCUGACUUGCAUAAAGCAUGUGGCUGUCUCAGCCAAUCAAUCAAAAAGCAUUUGGAGAAUAGACUUUUUGCACUGAAGACUUGAGAUGUGCAAUGUUUACUGCAUUAUUUUGUAAAGGUCAUUUAAUCUCUGACUACACUGGUUGAACAGCCAUAUGGUUGAAAGGAGAAAUUGGGUCAUGCUCCCAAAUGUCACCUUUUCCUUCCCCUCUUUUUCUCAUGCUGCUAUUCUCUUCCACCUUUGCUGGCUCUACGUUGUCUCAAUGGGACUGGAUGGAUGUUGAGCUCCCAAAAUAGACCCCUGUCCAUGACUCUACUAAAUUUUUGUGCUUGUGAAUUGGUGGGGCUGUUGCUUGCUUUUUUUGAAAGAUGAAAGAUUCACAGAUAUGUACAGCUCUUACGUGCCUAAAUGAAAAAAAAUAAAUAGAAUAUGGUAAAGGUUUAAAAUGGCGUGAACUCUGAGCAGAUUUCUGAAAUAGAGUUAAGUCAAAUAAUUUUUAAUUUCGUUGUACUCUUAAAAAAAACUUUGUUGGUUUAAAAUGAGUAACUGGUAUGACUGCCUUAGUUUGUGUGUUUGCAUAUGUAAUGGAAGUUGGCAGCAAAUACAUUUUCUUAAAUAUAAUUCUGUGUCAGUAAAAAAAGGCUACAUUUUAACACCCCUUUAAGGUUAUUACAGUGUUGUGUUUAGAAUGUAAAUGAUUCAUUUGAAUCUGGACAAAAACCUGUGUGUAUUCUAACAAUCUGUUGGGUGUUUGUAUACUAGAACCAAAUAGCAAUGUCACUUUCUUAUGACAAUUUACCACUGUGUGAUCACGAUAUAAUGUGAAAGACUCCAAUGAGUGUGAAGAUUGAUCAUGUUAGUGUCAUAUCACUAAGUUUAACGCUGCUGUAUUUUGUUUCUAAAAGCCAAGAUGUACUAAAUUGCUUCCAGGUAAUAUUUGAUUUCUUAAGUGCACUGAGUUUAUCUGGAAGAAAGCUUUUGACUGUUGAGAUCUACACUGAACUACCACCAUUUGUUAGGUUCACAACUAAUAGCAAAAAUAGAGGUUUUACUUAUUUUUUUAUUAAAAAAAUAAAUAUACAGCAGGUGGAACCAGUCAAAACAUAUUUGAUUCCUUCUAAUUACUAAACAAAAAACUUGAAGAAACUUGAUUUACUACAUUUCUUCAUAGAUAGCAUUUAUAUUUAUAGCACCAAUAUAUUUUGGAAGUGAGGGGACGAUGAGAUAGAUGAGAGCUUUAAUUUAAAAGAAAAUAAGCGUAAGAAAUUAUUUUAAUUAAAAAAAUAUUUGCGCUGGGUAAGUUGGACCACAUUAAAAAGAAAUAACUGCUUCUGAGUCUAGUGAGGGUGUUAAAGCACCAACAGGUUGGCAUUCUCAAUUAUCUGCCAGUUUACCUAUGGGACUUAUUUUAUGAUUUAAGAUACUGUACUGUAAAUAGGUAUGAUGCCUUCUCUUUAUUUGUAUGUUUACCAUAUACUUUGAUAUUUGAAAUGUUAUGUACUGGAAAGGUCACUUAUAUUUCUAGAACAGAUUGGAUUUUAUGCAGCAUUUUUCCUGGAAUUAACAGCAAUAAAAAGAGGGGAAAACA